AUGAAGGACAGUUUAAAAAUCAAAGGGAACUCUGCUUCUCAUUCUUCAACUUCCUUAUCAGAAAGCAUGUCAAAAGUGUCUAUCAGUUCCAAAAGUAAUGAAAAUAUAGAUACGGAUGAUAUUGAUGAGAAUGAUGAAUCCGGCCAAAAUAUACUGUUGAGUAUCAUAGCACAAUUGAAGCCGGGAUGUGAUUUGAGUAAAAUCACAUUACCGACCUUUAUUCUUGAGAAGAAGUCAAUGCUAGAGAGAAUCACAAACCAGUUACAAUUUCCUGAUAUUGUUUUAGAUGCCCAUCAAGAAAAGGAUGAAUUACAGAGGUUUGUAAAGAUUGUGAAAUGGUAUUUAGCUGGUUGGCAUAUUGCACCCAAAGCUGUUAAAAAGCCCUUAAACCCUGUAUUAGGUGAACAUUUUACCUGCUAUUGGGAUCUCCCUAAUAAACAGCAGGCUUUCUAUAUCGCUGAACAGACAUGUCACCAUCCGCCUGAAUCUGCAUACUUUUAUAUGAUUCCUGAAUCCAAUAUAAGAGUCGAUGGUGUCGUAAUCCCAAAGUCCAGAUUUUUGGGUAACUCAUCUGCUGCUAUAAUGGCUGGUGAAACAAUUUUACAAUUUCUUGACAUGAAAGAUAAGGACGGCAAGCCAGAAAAGUAUACAUUGUCGCAACCAAAUAUUUAUGCAAGAGGAAUCCUAUUUGGUAAGAUGAGAAUGGAGGUCGGGGACCACAUGAUAAUUAAAGGUCCAAAAUAUGAGGUAGAUGUUGAGUUCAAAACCAAAGGUUUUAUAUCUGGUACUUAUGAUGCGAUUGAAGGUGUUAUCAAGGACAAAAAGGGUAAAGAAUAUUAUCAAAUUAGUGGUAAAUGGAAUGAUAUUAUGUACAUUAAAGAUUUAAGAGAAAAGCAUGCGAAAAAGACCGUCUUAUUUGAUACUCAUAAAAAUAAACCUUUGAAACCAAAGGUUAGGCCAUUGGAAGAGCAAGGUGAAUAUGAGUCACGUAGAUUGUGGAAGAAGGUUACUGAUGCCUUGGCAGUUCGGGAUCAUGAAGUCGCAACGGAAGAAAAGUUCAAAAUUGAAGACUACCAAAGACAGCUACGGAAGAAAAGACUUGAGGAUGGGGUUGAAUUUCAUCCAAAACUAUUCAGGAAAGCUAAUCCGGGUGAUGAUAUUGAUCAUUAUAUUUAUAAGCAUAUACCUGAAGGUGAUGAUUAUGAAGCUCAGAUUAAAAGUAUUUUGGAGAUUGCACCAAUUUUACCAGGCCAGAAAUUUACAGAGAAAUUCGCAAUACCUGCUUUUAAGAAGCAUGAAAUACAAGAGAAGUCCAUGUCUCAGCUUUCACUACACAAAGCUAAGUAG